GCCCCCAGCGCCGCGAGCCUGACGCCGGCGGCCGCGCCUCCGCCCCGGGAUACCUCCGCACCUGGGGCGCGCCCGCCGCCAGCGCCGCGGGGAUGGCACGGCCGGCGGAGGAGGGGGCGUGUGCCCGCGCCGCCGCGGCACCGGGAGACGACGGCGAGGAGAUGAACGGCAGGAAGGUGGCUCUGAUCACCGGCAUCACCGGGCAGGAUGGAUCGUACUUGGCUGAGUUCCUGUUGGAAAAAGGCUACGAGGUGCAUGGCAUCGUUCGUCGGUCUAGUUCUUUUAAUACAGGCCGGAUUGAACAUCUCUAUAAGAACCCACAGGCUCACAUUGAAGGAAACAUGAAGCUGCACUAUGGGGAUCUCACUGACAGCACCUGCCUGGUGAAGAUCAUUAAUGAAGUCAAACCCUCUGAAAUAUACAACCUGGGAGCUCAGAGCCAUGUCAAGAUUUCUUUCGACCUAGCAGAAUAUACUGCUGACGUUGAUGGGGUUGGCACCUUACGGCUCCUAGAUGCUAUUAAGACCUGUGGCCUUAUCAACUCUGUGAAGUUCUACCAAGCCUCCACCAGUGAACUUUUUGGAAAAGUGCAAGAAAUCCCGCAAAAGGAGACCACCCCUUUUUACCCAAGAUCGCCUUACGGGGCAGCAAAACUGUAUGCCUACUGGAUUGUGGUGAACUUCAGAGAAGCCUACAAUCUCUUUGCUGUGAACGGCAUCCUCUUCAAUCAUGAAAGCCCCAGGAGAGGGGCUAACUUUGUCACUCGAAAAAUUAGCCGAUCGGUAGCAAAGAUUCACCUCGGACAGCUGGACUGUUUCAGCCUGGGCAAUCUGGAUGCUAAGAGAGACUGGGGUCAUGCCAGAGACUAUGUUGAGGCCAUGUGGCUGAUGUUGCAAACGGAUGAGCCUGAGGACUUUGUCAUAGCUACUGGGGAGGUCCACAGUGUCCGCGAAUUUGUGGAGAAGUCCUUCAAGCACAUUGGAAAAACCAUUGUGUGGGAAGGGAAGAAUGAAAAUGAAGUGGGACGAUGCAAAGAGACUGGCAAGAUUCAUGUGACAGUCAAUCACAAGUACUACAGGCCAACUGAAGUGGACUUUCUGCAAGGCGACUGUACCAAAGCGAGGCAAAAGCUGAACUGGAAGCCAAGAGUCACGUUUGAUGAGCUGGUGAGAGAGAUGGUAGACGCUGACGUGGAGCUCAUGAGGAACAAUCCCAAUGCCUGAUCCCUUGCUGGGCUGGGCAGGCAUCACAGGACCCAUGCCAGGGAUACAACCCAUGGGCAGCACUGCCAUGAGCCACCAGGACGUGGCUCCCUGUGACGGUUUUAUUGUUGGCCUGCCUAUGUGUGCAAACCCAGUUUUAUCCCUCCCUCCACCCUCCACAUCCUCCCAGUGCCUCUCUCUCCACAGAUCAUCCCAGGGUCAGCCCUGCCUGGACUAACUCUGUAUCCUGCCAUUAAUUAGAGAAGGGUCAUGCUGAACCUGAAAUAUCAACCAGGCAACAAGCCCACUGAUUUAAUUUUUUAAUUAAGACUCAUCUUUCUAUUACCUACAACCUCCAACACGUUUUUAGUACUUUCUCCCAUUUGAGAAACAAAGCAUCCCCUGCCCUCCACUCCAAUCUCCCUCUCCUCCAACAACAUCAGCAAACCUCUGGCACUAACGUGGGCUCGCCAUCCCUUCAGACCUCCCCUCCACGGCUUCCCCUCUUUGGCCUUUCCUGAACACCCGUUCGUUUUCUUUUCUGCAGCCUUACCUCCACCCCAGCAGCCCAUUUCCACCACUUGAACUCUGAAAAAGUUUGGAUAACUGAUAUAACUUGCAGUGAAAUCGCCUUUUGACCAUGCCGAAUUAAUUCCUAAUUGCUGGAAUCGCUUUCAAACCAGUCAAGCCAUGGCUUGAAUGCGUUUUUCAGAUCUUCAUUUCAGAGUGUGCAUGAGUCACAGAAAGCCUUUUUCUCCCGCACCACCUCAAUCCGAGGGGUUUAGGGUGUUUUGGUUUCUGACCCACUCUCCCUAGAAUCACCCCAUUCCCCUUCCACCCUUUUCCUGCUUACUAUAAUUAAACCUCAGACGGGAACUUGAACCAUCUCAAAAGAUGACUAAAGAAAUAAAAACAAAAUAAAUAAAAAAGCUUUUAAAAAAAUAGAAACUU